CAGAGCUGGUGGCAGGCAGGGGGAGGCAGCGGAGCAUCAGGCAGGAGUGACUGGAGUGACCAAGCUGCCUGGACAAACUCUUUGGUAGUCUGCAUCCUCCUUGUCACCAUCACCUGGGCUGGACCAGAGGUCUCCCCCUCCCCAAGCGCGUGGCAAAGCUCCAGGCCCUUCCUUGAAAAGGUCCCCACGGUCAGGUGGGGAGAUGUCAGAGGGAUGGAACAUCUCUUCUGACAGCCUGGAGUUUCAAGCAGCAGGGAUUAUUGUGCCCAUCAUCUUCUCCCUCAUCUUCCUUGUGGGUACUGUGGGGAAUGGGCUGGUGCUGGCUGUGCUGCUGCAGAAUGGCCAAGUCAAGUACACCACCACCAACCUCUUCAUCCUUAACCUGGCUGUGGCAGACUUGUGCUUCAUCAUCUGCUGUGUCCCUUUCCAGGCCACCAUUUACACCUUGGAUGGGUGGCUCUUUGGGGCCUUUGCCUGCAAGGCUGUGCAUUUCCUGAUCUACCUCACCAUGUAUGCCAGCAGCUUUACCCUGGCUGCCGUCUCCAUUGACAGGUACUUGGCCAUUCGCUAUCCACUGAAGUCCCGUGACCUCCGCACCUCCCAAAACGCAGGAGUGGCCAUUGCAGCAAUCUGGUCACUGUCGCUGCUCUUCGCAGGGCCUUACCUCAGUUACUACCAGAUAAUCCACUACCAUGGUAUGCCCAUCUGUGUCCCCAUCUGGGAGGACCAGCGCCGAAAGGUUCUGGACAUCCUCACGUUUGUCUUUGGAUACCUCCUGCCCGUGACCGUGGUGAGCCUGGCGUACAUUAGGACUGUCAAGUUCCUGUGGACCUCCGUAGACCCCAUAGAAAGAAUCUCAGAGUCCCGGAAGGCCAAGCGUAAGGUCACCAAGAUGAUUGUGGCUGUGGCCAUCCUGUUCUGCCUCUGCUGGCUGCCCCACCACCUGGUCAUCCUCUGCUUCUGGUUUGGCCACUUCCCCUUCAACCGAGCCACUUACAUUUGCCGCCUGGCUUCCCACUGCCUGUCGUACACCAACUCCUGCCUCAACCCCAUUGUCUACGCCCUCAUCUCCAAGCAUUUCCGCAAGCGUUUCAAGCAGGUCUUCACCUGCCUCUUCUUCCAGAACAAGACCAGGAAGAAGAAGAAGAGAGUUGGAAGGAAAUUCCAUAUGGUCAAUGUGGACAGAGGUUUCAUCAACAGCACCAGAGGUUUCUAUGGAGGCAACACUGAGGUGACCCAGGUCCCAGAAGACACCAGCAAGAGGGACCAUGAAGGUGCCAGUCAUGCCAGAGCAUGGACUCAGCAGCUUCAAGAUGCCAUGGUCUCUGUUAAAAAGGGGAUACUGGAGGAGGAACAUUUGGCAACAGCUUGCCAUUCCCUAGACAUGACCACUUUAAGAGGAACUCAGGAGUUUCUGACUGUUCACCACAGAUGAACUAAGUGAAGAAACACAUUUUCCAGACCGUGAGUAGCCACUCUAUUCCCAAACAGGCCAAAUAAUGUGAGGCAGAGGGGAAUGGAUGCAGCAGAGCCACCAAAAGAUCCUGUGGCAAUGGUAAACCCAUUGCCCCACCCACCUUCACUCCUGGCCCACAGCAUUCACCUAGGAAUGUCACAAUCCACCUAACCAGAUGCAGAAUAGAAGGACAUGUUAAUAUGAUGUCAAGUGACCUGAGCAGCAUUCCUGCAACACAUUUUAAGGACUCCAUUUCCCAACUUCCUAACUUGCUAAUUUUGUGCAACGACUUGAAACUCUGAGAGGGAGGAAACCAAAAUGAAAAUAUCCUGGUAGGAAAUCCAGGCUGUUAAGGUCACAUCAGAGCAUGGGUGGGAAGGGUGGAGUUCACAGGGACCUGAGUCUGAAUAGAGUAGCUGGAAGCCUCUCUUCCUGAGAGCCCCAAGUGGAGAAACACUGUCCCCUGCCCACAUGCCCUUUUUUUCCUAUGUGCCAUGUGCCAGGGGCAGCCUUCAUCCACCUCUGCCCCCUUCCCUCGCCUCUGCAUCCAGAUCAAAGGAUCUUUGCCAGUACUGAACUGGUGCACAAGGAAGUCAGCUGUCUGUGCCAACAGCUCGAUGAGACAAUCUGCACAGCAUUGUUCUACCUGAUCCACCCCUCUGCUUACGUUCUGUUUGCCUUUCUCAAAUUUCUGAGGGAUUGCUGCCUCCUCUUUGAUCUUUGCUUGCUACUUGGAAUUUCAUCCCUUCCUUCUGGGGCUGAAGGUCCUCUUGCUCUCAGAGCAGUGAUGUUAUUCAGCGAUAUUAGCCCCACACGCACUGUUUAUUCACUUGGCCAGACAUUUUUUUUCUAUGUGAUGAUGACGAUGGUGAGUGAAUUGAUGGCUGUCACCAGAGCAAAAGAAAGUAGCCAAGCUGCAAAAUGAGCUGUAGAGCCAAGUGACAAUCAUGGUGAGGCAAAGGAGAAAGAAACAGGCCCAUCACCCCCAUAUGCACUUAGCUCAAUCCUUAGUGCUCCUUUCUACAUGGUGGAGAAGACUUCCAGGAGAGCAUGUGGCCAACACCACUGAGGGGGUUGGGAUAUCUUCCAAGACUGGCCACUGUUGUGGGAUAGCUGUGGGACCCAUGUCCACCUGGGAGAAAAACUUUCCCCUGCUCUGUCCCUGCUGCCCCGAGCAGCUGCGGAGAAACCUUUAGCUGUGGCAGCAGCUCAAUGACACCCUGUAGCAGGGCCAAGAAUCCUCCCAGCCUGACAGUGGGAAGUGCUGCGGGGAUGGCAGGGCGGGACAAGAAAUCAGAAGUUGCUGGAAUUUCUCCCCUGCUUGACCUUAAUAAACCUGGUAAUUGCCUUCU